GAGGCGAGGUGUGCGGGACAGACCCUGUCCUCCCGGCUCCCUCCCACUGACGCGGCGGCUGCAGGCGAGGCCGCCGUGCACAAGCCCCAGGGGAGAUGAUGGCAGUGCGGCUGGCCAUGGGCGUGUGGCUGCUGAUACUGAUGCUGCUGGCGGCGGCCCCGGUGCGCCUGGCAGCACCCCGGCACGCCGUGGUGCUGCCCGACGGCGGGGGCAGCGGGGAUGGUGAGGAGGUCUCGGCCACGCCGCCCGUCCACCACGUGACGCCGGGCAGUGGCCCGACGGUCGCGGCGGGGACCACAGUCACCAACAGCUCAGCGCCGGGCGGCGUGCUGGACGGGCUGGUGGACUUCUUCAAGGAGUACAUGCUGCUGGUGGUGGUGGUGGGCUCGCUGGCCUUUGUCCUCCUCUUCAUCAUCUGCGCCGCCGUCAUUGUCCGGCAGAAGCACAAGGCGUCUGCCUACUACCCCUCCUCCUUCCCCAAGAAGAAGUACGUGGACCAGCGGGACAAGGUGGGGGGGGCCCGGGCUUUCAAUGAGGUGCCUGAGAAAGCCCCCGACCCUGGCGCCGAGGAGCCCCUCGACUGCAGCCGGCAGCUGCAGGCAGACAUCCCCGGCCCUCCCGGCAUCGCGCUGGUGUUGGGGCGCAGCCGGUUUCGGCUCCAGCCCCACGGGAUCCACGCGUGCUCCCAGAGCUCAGCAGAUGCAGCCGGCCUGCCUGUGCUUCGGGGUGAAGGUUAUCUGUGUGGAUGA